GUUUACUCUAAAUACUCCUAACGUUAGCAUUGAUCAUUUUUCUCAUUUUUCAUCAAACCAGCUUAGGAAAAGUAUAUGCUUUAAUACAAAACCAAAUUAAACCUUAAUAAUCAAUUUAGAUGGCCGUCAGCUUAGAUGAUAAACUUUUAGGUGAGAAAGCUCACUAUUAUUGUAGUAGUAGUGAGGAUGAAGGUGAAUCAGAAAAUUUGGCGGGAGGACCUGAUAAAGGGCUCCAGGAACCACCGAUGAAUGAACUCAAAGAAUAUGCAACUAACACUGGGCCUAAAGGUGUCAUUAAUGACUUUCGAAGGUAUAAACAAUUAGAAAAUGAAAAAAGAGAAGAACAAGAAUUAGAAAGGUUGGAUGUCUUGAAAAAAAUUCAACUAACCUGUAGAUCUGAGCUCGAUGAUAAAAAAGAAAAGGAGAAAGAUGAACAGUUUGAAUUAAAUCUUGAGGACUUGCUGGAAGAUGAAUUUCUCAAAGAAUAUAGACAAAAGAGGAUAGAAGAAAUGCGUAAAAGAUUAGAAAAUGUACCGAGAUUUGGUAAGGUUAUUGCCCUCACAAAGGAAAAUUUUCUCGAUAAUAUUGACAAAGAGGAUCCUUCAGUUAAAAUUGUUAUUCAUCUAUAUGAAGAUGAUAUCCCUGGAUGUGAAGCCAUGAACGGUUGUCUUCAAUGCUUGGCUAAAGAAUACCAAAGCGUGAAAUUCUGUCUAAUAAAGGCUUCUAGCGCAAAAUUAAGCACUUAUUUCGUAAGUGCUUAUAAAAUUAACGAUACAAAAAAUUAAACUCAUCUCUUUAUUGUUGAUUUCUUUGUUUGCAGUCUUCAUUCGGCGUUCCCGCUAUUUUGGUUUAUAAAAAUAGGGAGUUAAUUGGUAACUUUAUUCGACUAACUGACGAAUUCGGUGACGAUUUCUAUGCUACUGACGUGGAAGAUUUCCUAAUAUCUCAUGGAGUUUUACCCGAUAAAGAGGUUGACAAAGCUAUAAUCAGGUGUGGAGGUGGCCACGUAAAUGACACUGAUUCUGAUCUUGAUCUUGACUGAAUUAGAAGCUAGUCGACAGAUACGUCUUGUCAUUGAUGUUUUCAUUUUGAAUUUUUUACGCAUCUUUUCUCAAAUAAAUAGAUAAUUUAUGAAAUUAAAAAGAAA